UUAAAUCAAUAAAUAUAUAUGAAAUACAUGUCACAGAUAGAGCUGAUCCAAUCUAACAUCUAAUGGAUGUUAGAUCGAUUAGAUGAUUGAAAUUAAUUAAAUCAGAUCAGAUGGUAAAAUCUAACAUCCGAUACAUAAUUAGAUCCGAUCUGAAUAUACCUAAAAAUAUUAAAUGUGGUCUAAUAAACACCCCCAUACACAACUAAAGCAUUACACAUAAAUUUAAGUUCAAUUAGGAGUGAUCACAUGCAUUUAUUUACGUCAUGUAUAAAUGUCCAUACAAACUUAGAAAAGCAAAUCGGUUGCUUUCCGUAAACCGCUCAACAAUUUUGUUUAGUAUGACACAACAUACAUACAAUUAGCAAAACCAUAUGUUAUGUUUCUUUCCUAUUGAAAACACAACAAAUUAGGCCAUUGUUAAAUAAGGUAUCCCUAACGCUAAAUACAUCCAAAUAAUCCCACAUGACAGUACCGUGCUCCUAUUGUUAACCAAACUCCACCUUAUCAUAUAAUCUCUUAUAAAGCUAGUCCAUUUAGUUUCCUAUACUACACACUGAAAUAAAAAAUAAUUUUUUCAUAAUCAAAGAGAUUCAAAAUAUGGCAGCAGCAGCAGCAGCUUUGGUACCACUGAACCAACAAGGGUUGUCGGUGGGGCGGCCGGUUCAGCGUGCACUAGCCAAUGCAGCCAACUUGGCUAACCUUCUCCCAACCGGAACAGUCCUAGCCUUUCAAAUCUUCUCACCAUGUUUCUCCAACAAUGGUCUCUGUAAUCUCUCCAAUAGGUACCUCACAGCGUGUUUAGUUGUCGUUUGUGCCUUCUUUUGCUUUCUUUCGUCGUUUACGGAUAGCUUUGUCGACGAGGGUGGGAAACUACGUUAUGGUAUGGCCACAUUCAAAGGAUUCUACGUCUUCAACUGUGAUGAUGAUGAAGAACAUGAUAGUAAUUACGAGAUAAUCAAUAGUAAUAAUAAUAAUGAUCAAUUGGAAAAAUAUAAGCUACAUUUGAUUGAUUUUGUUCAUGGUUUUGUGUCCCUAAUUUUGUUCUUGGUGUUUGCGGUUAGUGAUUCGAAUGUGAAAAAUUGUUACUUUUCUGAAGCUGGGAGUGAUUGGAAUGUUUUAAUAAUGAAUUUGCCGAUUGGAGCUGGGGCUUUGGCAAGCUUCUUGUUCACUAUUUUUCCCACCACCCGUAGAGGGAUUGGCUAUGCAGAUCUCUCUCAUAAUCAUCGUCCUUAAUUCACUUUUCAUUCUAUGUGUGUAAUAUUAUUGUUUUUUUUUUUUUUUUUUGUAUUUUCAUAUUCCCUUUUUAUAUUAAUAUUCAAUCUUAAAAUUAUAUGAUAUGUGUUUUUAUUUAUAGUUUAAUACAUUGAGAUUUU